AUGGCAAUAAUCAGUACUAAGAAACUCAUCAAAAUGGUUAGGAAAUGGCAGAAGUUUGCAGCCAUGCAGAGGAAGAGGAUUUCAUUUCCAAGAAAUGGUAGUGAUGCAGACAUUUGCAGUACAUCCGCAUCCUCUAUUGUUGAAAAAGGCCAUUUUGUAUUAUAUACAAUCGAUCAAGUACUGGCUUAUCUUGAAAAUGAGUCCAUUCAGCAACUUUUAAACAUGUCCGAAGAAGAAUUUGGGCUGCCGAGUGGUGGUCCUAUUACAUUACCUUGUGAUUCAGCCUUCAUGGACUACAUCAUUUCGCUAGUUAAGAAAGGCGUAACUGCAGGAGAUCUUCACAAAGCGUUGCUCCUCUCAAUUCCUUCAUGUUGCUAUUCAACUUCAUAUUCACACCUAGAAAGUGGAAACCAACUACUUCUUGUUUGUUGA